AAGUGUCACAAAACUACGUAACGGCAUCUGGUGGCAAUGCCAGCACUGUUAAUGCCACCGGGCCACGUUCGCGUCAACCUAGGCAAGCACUUAGUGGCACUGGCAACUUGAACAAGACGUGUCACACGUACUACUUACGAUUCAACGCUGACCUUUGCAACUUGAAACUUAGGCACUGCAAUUGAUAUCAUAGUAAUCAUGGAUCCGGCAGGCAUCCCCCUACCAGCUUUUCUAGACCCCUUGCUUGACCUUCUCGCCGAGCAGCUUCCCCCAUCUCUGUAUUCAUUUCUGGUCUCAUUCCUCUCGCACGCACUUGCAUUAUUCACUGCACUUGUUUCGUUGAUCUCAUCCCUCAUUUCCUCCAAACCAUGGCAAUGGGACGCGCAAACCAUCAUUCCUCCCCUCAUCAGUUUUCUCGCCGCAUAUCUCGCAUUGGUCAGCCUAUAUAGGACUACAAGUUGGAUGAUCAGAACCAGUAUCUGGUUCAUCAAGUGGGGUAUCAUCUUCGGAGCGCUCACUGCAGGGCUGGGGUGGUACAUGGGCAAUCAGAACGUGGGUGUUGGGAACAGAAGCAUCGUGUCCAGCUUGGGCGGAUUUAUGUGGGAUGUGCUGAAUGGCCAAGGCCAGCACACUCCCGAUACCCAGCGUUCAUCGCGGACACCCAAGACACGUUCACAACCCAAGUCAAAUGACCGUCCCAGAAAACCGUGGGAGUCAUUUGAAAAGCACAAACAAUGGCAGCAUAAGGAUCACGACGGGAACCAGGAGGGAAAUGACGCUCAAAAGAUAAUGUCGAACAUCGUGGAGGCUGCCAAUCGCGUAUUAGUGGAGGGCGGAUGGUGGGACGUAGCUCGGGGAAUUUUUGACGGGUCGAGCUCGGAUGAUAAAGCUACUAGCAGCGACAACCAGCAUCGCGGUGGGACGAAGAAGACCAGG